GGUGCUUGGGGGGGGGAAACUAAAUUAGAGACAUAACAGAUGUGCCAGGCGUGCGCAAUUCAACAAACAAAUCAACACGGGGAAGCCGAUUUUCUUUCUCAAAAGACAAAGCUUGAAACAGAAAGGGAGCUAAUCAUGGAGCCGGAGGGGACCACAGAGGGAGAAACUACUAAUUUCGCACAAUCUGCCGCCACCAAACUGUGCCAGAUGGGCGAAAGAACUAAACAACUGGGCAAUGUGAUCCAAAACCCAGAUCGGCAGAAACGGAUUAUUCUAGUAAUAGUCUGUACAGCACUUUUGUUGGACAACAUGCUUUACAUGGUUAUUGUACCAAUUAUACCAGAUUACCUCGAAGAGCUACAGAAAGCAGCGGAUCAUGCCGAAGCUGUUGCACCGCACUCCAACUUCACCAACAGCACCACAACUACCAAGCGGAACUUCGACCUACAGAUUGGGGUUCUUUUUGCCUCCAAAGCCAUCCUACAGCUCCUGGUGAACCCGAUAAGUGGCACGUUCAUAGACAGGGUCGGGUAUGAUAUUCCACUCUUCAUUGGUCUCAAUGUCAUGUUUCUAUCCACCCUUACUUUUGCCUUCGCGGAAAAUUACGCGACUCUGUUCCUGGCGCGCAGCAUGCAGGGCCUCGGCUCGGCUUUCGCGGACACCGCGGGGCUCGCUCUGAUCGCAGACAAGUACACAGAAGAGAAAGCGAGGACCAAAGCGCUCGGUAUUGCCUUGGCUUUCAUCUCUUUUGGAAGUCUUGUGGCGCCCCCCUUUGGAGGGGUCCUUUACCAGUUCGCAGGGAAGCGGGUGCCCUUCCUAAUUCUGGCCGGUGUCUGCCUCUUCGAUGGUAUAUUGUGCCUAACUGUGCUGAAACCCUUUUCUAACCGAGAGCGAGAAAACAUGCCAGUGGGCACCCCCAUGUAUAAACUGAUGCUUGAUCCUUAUAUAGUUGUAGUGGCUGGUGCUCUAACUAUUUGUAACAUCCCUCUCGCCUUUCUUGAACCAACUAUCGCCAACUGGAUGGAGGAAAACAUGCAUGCCAGCCAGUGGGAGAUCGGCAUGAUAUGGUUCCCUGCCUUCUUCCCUCAUGUUUUAGGUGUAUAUCUCACUGUCAAAUUAGCAGACAAGUACCCUCAUCUCCAGUGGUUUUACGCGGCUAUAGGUAUGGUGUUUAUAGGCGCAAGCUCCUGUACAGUGCCAGCGUGUAAAAACUUUGGACAGCUCAUGAUCCCGCUGUGCGGAAUUUGCUUUGGCAUCGCCUUCGUGGACACGGCGCUCCUGCCAACCUUGGCUCUCCUGGUGGAUGUGCGGCAUGUGUCAGUGUAUGGCAGUGUGUACGCCAUCGCAGAUAUCUCUUACUGCGUGGCCUAUGCCAUCGGGCCAGUGGCGGCUGGACAAAUAGUGCACAACCUGGGCUUUGUCCAGCUCAACUUGGGCAUGGGCCUCGCCAAUGUACUUUACGCGCCGGCGCUCCUUCUGCUGAAGAACGUGACACAGAUGAAGCCUUCGCUCUCCGAGAGAAAUAUGCUGCUGGAGGAUGGCCCAACUGGACUGUACGAUACGAUUAAGAUGGAGCAACGAGAGAAGAAAAGAAAGGGUUUGUGUACAACACUAGACGAGAAUGGCAUUGAAACAUUUGCACAACGGUCGUAUUCUGAAGAGGAAUCCUCAGGAGGAGAGUUUGCGUAAAUGUCCCUGAACAGAGUGUUAAAGUAUCAAAGUGCCCAUAAGAAUGGUGUGCAUUUCUUCCGAUCCAAUCAAUUGCAUAACACGAUUAGGAUUGUGUAAAGAUAUACAUUAUUUACAGCUUCUGGUGAAAAUUCUUUUGGGUACUGUCAAAUCAAGUCGCUUCAAGCUUUUGCUGGCCCUCGCUGGACUUUGUUCAUCUUAAAGUGAGAAUAUUGUGAAGGAACUGUUGAAAUAAAUGUUUAUUCAAUAACAGUGUUUAUGACUGUAUCAGAAACUGACUCAUAUUCAGGGAUUGUGUGUAAAUGUAUUUUAACAAAAGAACAAUUCUAAAGUAUGCGUCUUUCAAUGUAAUCUGUAAUCAUUUUUGCCAGAGUUGUGCUGCUAAAAUCAAUAUGCAAUACUGUGUCACACGACGGUUUUAGAAAGAUACAACGAUGGAAAUGAACGGAAAUCUUUGUCUUGGUGUCUGAUUAUUUUUUGUUGAUUUUGGAUGAUGAAUUUCUGGAAUGCAUAGCCUCGUUGUGUGAUCUACGACUGUACAUACAUGUAUAUUCAUGUAAAUAAUUAAAUCAAUAUUAUGUGAA